GACCCCGCCCCCCGCCAUUGGCCCGGAGCGGGGAGGGGCGUGACCGCCGUGGCGCGAGCCAGCCGGAGCUUCCCAGCACUGCAGCCUGCAGCGGGAGCAUCGCUGGGCCUCCGGCGGCGGCGUGCGGGUCGGAGGCGCAUCCUGGGCACCGCGCACGCGCCGGAAGCAGCGCGGGGUAGCAGAGGCUGCAGCAGGAUGGGUCCCUCGGGGCUGCUGCUGGCCCUCGCCCUGCACCUGGCGGUGUGCUCCCGUCCGCACUGGGACUAUUGCGUGUUGGGCGCCGGUCCCGCGGGCCUGCAGAUGGCCGCCUUCCUGCAGCGGGCCGGCAGGGACUACCAGGUGUUUGAACGCGAGUCCGCCCCUGGCAGUUUCUUCACUCGCUACCCACGCCACCGCAAGCUCAUCAGCAUCAACAAGCGGCACACGGGCAAGGCCAACGCUGAGUUCAACCUCCGCCACGACUGGAACUCUCUGCUCAGCGAUGACCCACACCUGCUCUUCAGACACUACUCGAAGGCUUACUUUCCCGAUGCCAGCGACAUGGUGCGCUACCUGGAUGACUUCGCGCGGCGCCUGCGGCUCCACGUGCGGUACAACACAAACAUCACUCACGUGGCUCUGGACAAGGAUCCGCAAGCCUGGAACGGCCAUUACUUCAUUCUGACCGACCAGAAGGGCCAGGCUUACCAGUGCAGUGUCCUGCUUGUAGCUACUGGAUUGUCGGUCCCCAAACUGGUUGACUUCCCUGGCUCCGAACAUGUGGAGGGUUACGAGUCUGUGUCCGUGGACCCUGAAGACUUUGUGGGUCAGAAUGUGUUGAUCCUGGGCCGUGGGAACUCAGCCUUUGAGACAGCAGACAACAUCUUGGGUGUCACAAACUUCGUCCACAUGCUGAGCCGUUCCCGGGUUCGGCUCUCCUGGGCCACCCACUAUGUUGGAGACGUCAGAGCCAUCAACAAUGGCCUGCUGGACACCUACCAGCUGAAAUCACUGGACGGACUCCUGGAGUCGGACCUGGAGCAUCUGGCCCUCGUGAAGGACAGCAAGGGCAAGCUCCGCAUCACCCUCAGGUUCUUCCUGGAGGAGAACAACAGCAGCCAGAGGGCCGACUCCAUUCCCCUCCCCCAGGAUGACAAUGACAACUUUGCCAUGCGGGUGGCCUAUGACCGCGUCAUCCGUUGCCUGGGCUGGAAGUUUGACUUCUCCAUUUUCAACCAGUCCCUCAGACUCUCCUCAGGGACUGAGUUCAGCAAGAAGUACCCACUGAUUAGACCCAGCUAUGAAUCCAAAGGAAGCCGGGGUCUCUUUAUCCUAGGGACCGCCAGCCACUCAGUGGACUAUCGGAAAUCUGCUGGCGGCUUCAUCCAUGGAUUCCGAUACACAGUGCGUGCUGUCCACCGGCUGCUGGAGCGUCGGCACCAUGGCAUCGCCUGGCCGUGCACAGAGCACCCCAUCACAGAGCUGACCAGCUCUGUCAUUCGUCGUGUCAAUGAAGCUUCCGGGCUGUACCAGAUGUUCAGUGUGCUGGCUGAUAUCAUCCUGCUGAAGGAGAACGCCACAGCAUUUGAGUACCUGGAAGAGUUCCCCAUGCAGAUGCUGGCCCAGCUGGAGACGCUCACAGGGAGGACAGCGCGCCACGGGCUCUUUGUCAUCAACAUGGAAUAUGGCAAAAACUUCUCUGGGCCAGAGAAGGACGUGUUCUUUUAUGACCGGUCUGUGGCCCACAUAGAGGAUGCCUGGAUGUCCAACUUCCUCCACCCUGUCAUAUACUACUAUAGGCAUCUCCCUACCGAGCAAGAUAUGCGGUUUCGGCCUGCACAGUGGCCCCUGCCUCGGCCCAUAGCCCUCCACCACAUUGUGGAGGACUUCCUGACUGACUGGACAGCCCCGGUGGGGCACAUUCUCCCACUGAGGCGCUUCCUGGAGAACUGUCUGGACACGGAUCUUCGAAGCUUCUAUGCAGAGUCCUGUUUCCUGUUCACCUUCACACGCCAGAAGUUGCCCCCCUUUUGCCAGCAAGGAUACCUAAGGAUGCAGGGGCUUUCAAGCACCGAGAGCCUUCGGCAACAUGGCGUGGAAAGCAAGCUCCUGCAGAACUACACAGCCAUAGAGGACAGCAGCAGGUGGCUUGGAGACCAGCCCUCGGUUCCAGGGCAUCUGGCUCAGUCCCUUGACAACAACAAGGAGGAGCUGUGAGCAGCCUCUCCCAGGCUAUGGUGGCUGGCACCUCUCCAGGAAACCUUUUCCCACCUUUCGGGCUUCUCAGAACCAUCAUAUAGAUGGCAGACAACAGAAUAGCCUAUAGAAUGCAGAAGGCUGGGACACGGUCACACUGUGGUGUCCCUUCCUGUGCUGCCCCUGGGUGCUAAAUGCAAGGUCAAGAGAAGGGUACAUUCUGUCAGGUCUGAGCUGCCUUCCACUGCCGGCUUCCUUCCCACUUGAACCAUCACAGACCACAUUGGUCUAGUGCGUCUGCUUCUAGGACCAACCAAUUUCCUUUUCCUUCUGGUUCACUCUGCAGAUGGGCUUGGAUCUACCUGGGAAACAGCUGGCAGCUGAAAGUCCUUCAUUUCCAUAGUGGGCCUCUUAGAGUGAAAGGUUGAGGUCUUCAUCAGUGGGGCAGACACUUAGGAUCUCUGCUCCCCAAUGCAUCUAUGGACCCCAACUCAGAAGCAUCAGACAUCUUCUAAGGUCCUUAUCCAGGAGAGACUGCCCCCAUACCACCCUUUCUUUCCACACCGUCGUGCUCCCCCUAGCAGUGGCUCUCAGCAGAACUCUCUCAGGCUGGGCAUCACAGGCCCGGAGGGCUGGUAAAGGACAGAGACAGGAGACUCCUGCAAGGUCAUCUGUCCAGCUGCCUUCUCAGGAGCCUCAAUGCUGCCCUGUCCUCAAGAUCACACUCCCAGGGAUCAGGAGCCUCUGUCCCUCUCCCACCUUGCUGACUGGCUUCCUGAGCAGUGUCUUCCUUGAGAGCAGCCUGGGCAGGUUUAAGGUGUUGCUGUGCUUGCUGCCCUGGGCAUAGAAAUGUUGACACUUGCCCUGAUCCUGGCUGCCUUGCUAUUCCUCUCCCCUUCCUUGCCUUCCUCAUCAGAGUCCACACUCAGCCAACAGAUUAGUCUCACUGAUGAAUAAGCCAUAAGGAAAGCAUGACCACAAGGGAAGCAUGGAAAUCACGUGAUUUCCCACAGGCCCAGAGCGCAGGUACUGUUUCUCACCAACCCUCUUUUAUUCAUCCUGCAUUCAUUCAUGCAGGGACAUGUCAAGCCAAAGCCCCUUCCUGGGAGUAUCCUCUUCCCCAUGGAAGAGUCUUGGCUGGGUCCAGGCCCUCUGAGCCGCCUGACCUACCUGCCUUCUUCUCCAGUGCUUACCAAGUUCUAACAGGGCAAUUCAACAACUUCAUCUCACCAGGAGGAACUGUGUACCCCUGUACCUACUUGAGGUAGUCUGCACAGGGCCAAACCUAACUGAGUCAUCCCCCAGCUGACAUCACCAGGAUGCCAGUGUCACUUUAUUUCACACAGGGUGAUGGGCAAGCCAGACUGGGACCUUGCCAUCCCACCCUUGUUUCCAGAGCAUUUUCAAAUGAGUCUUUGAUUUAGCGCCAGGAAAUGGAAUGCUGUUCUUUACACGUCACCCUCCAGUCACUGAGGCUGGCUGAGCCACUUGUUCAGUGCCUUAGCAAGUAGCUGGCUGACACCCUCCUGUAUGACAUCUGCUGCUUCCUGUCAUCUGCCAGAUCCUUGAUUCUGUCAAAAUAUCAGGCAGCCUUAUUUGUUUUUAACAG